AUGUCAGCUGCCCUUCCCCCCCAAACCCAAACAAACGUCACCAUCUCACCUCAGAAGCCAGCAAUUGAACCGAGCCCACGCGGAGAGACACACACAGAGUACUGCGUACACACUCACUCGACCGCUUUCACAUUGAAACAUGUGCCGCCGGUACCCUGGUCAAGGACCCUCUUUCACGAGCAACGUCGGCCGUUGUUGUCGCUGCUGCUGCCGCUGCUACCGCUCCUCUUCCCAUCGUGGUCUUCUUUGACAGCUCUCGUUCGACUCUCAACCACUCCUCUCCGCCAUAUCCAUCGCGAAACAUAUCGUCAUUCAUUCCGGGCACUCGGCUGCUCAUCAUCUUCGGCUUCUAGCUCCUUGUACCACCACGUACAACCAUUCCCCAAACGUGUACGAUCCCAAACAACCGGAACCUCUCCGGUCUUCUAUUUCGAACCAAGUCCAACUUCGGGUGGCGGUCCGUGGUGUCGAGCCGUCCGUCGCUGCACCUUUUCGCCCGCCGUGCUCGCCAAGCGCUUCUCUGAGCUGCCUGGGACGCAUUGCCAUGGCCUUUUAGCCCUGGAGCCAUCGCAUUACUCGCGCUGCGCCGUCCCGUCGACGACUUCCAACGCCAUCCAUUGUUACCCCCAGCCACAAACUCGUGGUCUUGCGCUGCUCGCUUGGUCAGCCACGCCUCCGGCUGUCCUCGGUGCCUAG